AUGUUUUGUGCCAUUUUAAGAGCUGAUUUGGCACAAGUGGCAGCGAAAAUUGAUUCUUUAAAAAAGUGGACAGUUUCAACAUAUAAAAAUGCGAAGCAGUCAAUUUGUGAGAACUUGGGCAAGGCAGAAAGGACGGUUGAUAAAGACUUAGAAGAUCAAAUAGAAUCGUUAAAAAAUCUUCACCGACGAUAUAAUCAGGUGUUGACUAUGGCUGAGUCAUUUUUUAACUGUCUUCACCUGCUUCAUGAGACACAGAAAAGCCUGGCCGAAUCUCUUUAUCAGUUAUCUUUGAAGGAAACAAUGUUAACGAAAGAGUGUACUGGAAGCAGUGAAUGUCAUCGCUCAAUGGCUCAUAAUGGUGAACUUCUUGAAAAAUCUUUGACAUUCUUUCUUUCCUCCAUGCAAACUCUCUGCCAGAAGACAUUUGAAGACACAAUGACCACAAUCCACAAUCAUGAUCAAGCUCGACUUGAGUAUGACGUCUAUUUACAUGAAUACAAUACUAUCCGUCUGCAGCCUAAUGCUCCAUCUGAAGCUGUAGCAGCUGCGGAAGAAAAUUGCAACAUUCGAAAACAGCAUUAUGAGCAGUUGAAGGCGGAUGUUAAGGUUAAAAUAAACUUGCUUGAAGAAAAUCGGCUUAAGGUAAUGCGGAAACAACUGUUGCUUUUCCAGAAUGCUCUCUUGGCAUACUUUUCAGGGAAUGCAAAAGAUUUGCAAUGUAAGCUAGAUGAACUCGAUAUGCAGAAUCUUAACCGGGGUGAAUGUGUUGCUCCUUCUUUCCUGGAACAUUAG